CCUGUCAAAGAGUGCCGACCAAUGAACAACAAUGCAGGAAAACUGUUUCACUACAGGAUCACUGUGUCUCCACCCACCAACUUCCUGACUGACAGGCCGACGGUGAUCGAGUAUGAUGACCAUGAGUACCUGUUUGAAGGCUUCUCACUUUUCUCCCACACACCUCUCACUAACAUUCCAUUGUGCCGUGUGAUCCGCUUCAACAUAGAUUACACCAUUCACUUCAUAGAGGAGAUGACACCGGAGAACUACUGCGUCCGAGGCCUGGAGCUGUUCGCCUCCUACUUGUUCCAGGACAUUCUUGAGCUGUAUGACUGGAACCUGACAG